AUGCGUGUCAAGGUCUCCACCGCAUCGUCACCGGCCCCAACUCAACGCUCCAACGUCUUUGUCUUCCCCCGGGCUCCCAACCCUGUGCAGUCAACCCGAUGGUGCUCUGAAGUAGCUUUCCUAUCUGUCUCCUCUCAUGUCCCCAUAAUCAUGUCCCGGAGGACGCUGGGUGGAGGCCGUGUUCUGGGCACUCCGAGCGCGCUCGCAUCAGCCCCGUCCCCGCAGCCGAAGCCAAGGGUCCUGUCGCCGACUACCAGCAGCGUUUCUCUCAGCUCCCAGACAUCUGCAUCCCAGUUCUCAUCGGAAACUCAAGACCUGACUUCCCGGAUCUCCGUGGAGAAUGGCGGCACAUCGAUAUCCGCGGUGCCCGCCGCACCCGGAGCCCAGCUCUCUUGCCCGAUUUGCAAUGAAGAGAUGUUGACUUUACUACAGCUCAACAGGCAUCUCGACGACAUUCACCAGAAUCUAGAAGAUGACAGACAAGAUGAAGUCAAGGAUUGGUUCAAAGUGCAAAUGGAAAAAGCGAAACGGUUUCAACCCCUUGCUGUACUCAAUCAAAAAUUGAAGGGUCUUGAUGUUUUCGAGUCAAACGAGAAUCAGACCACAACCAUCAGCAGUCGCCCUCUCGCGCCUCAUGUGGGAUCCUCCGAUACCUCUACCACCCCGAAACUUUUGGAUCCCGAGGACCUGAUCACAAAGGAACACUGGCAAGUUGGUUCUCUCUAUGACACCUGCCUGGAGCCCUCUUGCGGCAAGCGGCUCAAUGCUACCAACGGAUGCGUGAAUUGUCGGAAGUGCGGGAAACUCUUUUGCGAGGAGCAUACAAUGUAUCAAAUGAAACUAUCACGAUCAGCACAACACGAACCUGUGAGGGGCAUUUGGGCCCGGGUCUGUGAAACAUGUUACAAAUCGAGAGAGGGUUAUAACGAUCAUGCCGGUACCGUCAGAGAUCAAACAAAUGCUUUCAAAUCUAUCAGAAAGCAGAUAGUUGACAAGGAUUUCUUGGAGGUCUCUCGACUCGAAAAACGGCUGACACGUCUCACGCAACUGCUGGCUAGUCUACCGCCAGAUCAAAUCCAAACGGGUGGUACAAAGCUAUUCGCUAUGGCUUGGCAAAAUGAUCAACGAAAAAUAUUAGAGCAAACAGUUGUCAGCUGGCAGGACGAUGCCAGUGUUGCACGGUGUCCUUUCUGCCAGCAAGAUUUCUCGGGGUAUUCUUUUCGAAGACAUCAUUGCAGAACUUGCGGGCAAGUUGUCUGCGGUGACAUCAAUACAGGCUGUUCAAAUGAGGUUGAGCUAAGCAUCUCCCCCGUUUCAAAAACGUCGGAAAAAUCUGCCGCCGGCCAUCCAAUCAAUGUGGACGUACGCAUCUGCAAAGAUUGUAGAGCCACGCUAUUUGACCGUCGAGAUUUCGAAGCGGAUGUCGCACGAAAACCCCCUGAAGUCAGGGCGUACGAUAAUCUGAUCCAAUUCGAGAGGGGUAUUCGUCUGCAUUUACCCAGGUUCCAAAAACUUCUAACCGCGUUACAGGAUCCGAGGCGACCACCAUCCUCGGCACAGAUCGCCGAUGCUUCUAAAGUCCGCAAGCGACUCAUUGAUUCUUUUGCCAAGUACGACGUUGCAGCUCGGCGGAUCCGCGAUCUACCUACCAACUCCCCUACUCAACAACGACUGCAGAAGGCUAUAUACCAACAAGCCAGUAAUUUUCUCCAUAUUCAUAUGUUGCCGUUGAAAUCUCUUCCCAGAGUUCUCAAGCAUGCUUCUCCGUCUACAAAUCUUGUGACUAGUCGCCAAUCCUCCACAAGUACUCCUGUCAAUGGAUCUUCGUCUGGGCUCCGGCACCAGGAAUCCGCACUAGCCUCCAUCAAAUAUAAAGCUGCUGCUGCAAAUGGAAGCAACAGUAGCCUGGCCAGUGAUGCUAGUAGCGCUUUAUCGGCGCUUGAGGCAGAAGAAAAAUCAUUGCGGGAGCAGCUAAUCGUUUUGGAGGAACAGAAGUUUUUUGUCUCUGAAAUGAUUGCAGAUGCCAAUCGGCGGCGCAAAUUUGAUGAAGUUAGCAGCCUCGCGGUGAAUGUUGAAGACCUGAGCCAAGAAAUUGACCGAGUUAACGGCAUGCUUGCCUCGCUUGACUUUGAAGGUGUCUACACUGCCAAUCUGCCAUCGAGUACUUGA